UAUAUUAGAGUGGGCAGCAAUAUAUGUAAUUGAGUUUGCUCACUGGUGUGAGACAGGAGUUCAUGACUCCUACUUAUUAGUUUAGCCGAAAAAGGGGAAAAAGGAAGCAAAAAGAAAAGAGGAAAACAAGGAGAGUAGAGAGAAAUGUUUGUAUUGUACAAUCUACGGUGGAUCUGUGUCCGAGAGAGCCUUCAACCCAAAACAUCUCUGUACGAGAGAGCCUUCAACCCAUAGCCCUAGCCCUACACCUGAGAGAGGCCCACAACAUCUCCUCCCUAUGAACUACUUCUCCAUCCAAUCGUAUUCCAAAGCAAUUAGUUGAUUAUUAAUUGGUUUGGUUCGCUUAGGGUCGUCCUUAAUCAAUCGAUCAGAUAAUCCAAGAAGAAGGAAAUGGAGAAUGGGUACGAUGACGGAAGAUUGGCUGAGAAAUUCUCAGGCUUGGCCGUCGCCGGCGCCACCACCACUACCAACAACAACGACAGCUUGUUUCAGGUGAUGAAAGCCGUGGAAGCCGCAGAGGCCACCAUCAAACAACAGGUUGAAGAGAAUACUCGCUUGAGGAACGAGCUUCACCAGAAAAUUCUUGAACUCGACAGACAAAAAGCAGAGGAGUCGGUGGCUCAAAGACCUCGUUCUUUUGAUACAUGGAAUGAGCGCAUUCAUGGAUCCUAUGAAGCCCAUCAAUCAGUUCCCUCUAUAGGCAAUCAAGGAGAUAGGCUUAAGAGCACAGGGAACACAUCUGUAGCUGUUCCACCAGGUCCGCUAGUUCUCCAUCUAGAUUUGAAGCCAAACAGUGAUGCUGCUAUACAAAGUCCUGCAGAAAGCCACUCUGAGAGUGGCAAGAUCAAUGGGACAUUGAAGGUGUUUCCUGGUGGCAUGCCGCCUGCAGAUAACACUGGCUUCUCUCAAAUCCCUUCUCCAUCUACAACAUCCUUCUCUCCGGUCAGGUAUCAAAUGGAAGGAGAAUAUGAUCCACGGUUCAAUAUAUCUGGUCAGGGGUUGAUGCCAAUGACUGAAGUAAAUAAUAGUAGCAGCCUUUGGAAGCAGGAUCUCCUUGUUAAGAUUCGGGAACAUGAAGAAGAGAUUAUGCAAUUACGGAAGCAUCUUUCAGAUUAUUCUGUCAAGGAGGCGCAUAUACGCAACGAAAAAUACGUCCUGGAAAAGCGCAUUGCAUAUAUGCGCCUGGCCUUUGAUCAGCAGCAACAAGACCUUGUGGAUGCUGCAUCAAAAGCUCUCUCAUACAGACAAGACAUAAUUGAGGAAAACAUACGUCUCACAUACGCGUUGCAGGACGCGCAGCAAGAAAGAUCAACAUUUGUUACAUCCUUGCUGCCUCUUCUAGAAGAGUACUCACUGCAACCACCAGUUCCUGAUGCACAGUCCAUUGUUAGCAAUGUCAAGGUCCUGUUCAAACAUUUGCAGGAGAAACUACUCCUUACUGAGUCAAAGCUAAAGGAGUCACAAUAUCAAUUAGCACCUUGGCGAUCAGACAUGAACCACUCGAAUUUUGCUCCACAGUCACCAUCUCACCCCAUUGGUGCAGCAUUGACAACUUCAAACAAAAAUGGGCUUGAACUGGUCCCUCAACCACCAUAUUCCCAUGGAAAGAUGCCAGUUUCUUCUUCUGAUGCUCAGACAGCCACAGACUGGGAGCUAUUGAGUCGCCAUCAGAGUGGUUUGGGUGGUGUUGCAGCAAGGAAUCUGGAACCCGACAACUUGGGGAGGUAUCCACCUCUUGCAAGCAGGGAUCCUGCAGCCCAUGAUAUACCUGUGCAGUUUGCUGUCACUAGAAGUGAUGUACAUGCCCCACGUUAUGGGGAAGAAACCACCAGUAAGCAGGUCACAUUUCGUGAACCUGUCAGCAAUACUGAGAUGGAUGAUCCAGAAUCAGAGGGAAACCAGAAUGAAGGAGAAUCUUCAGCAAAUUGGACUUCAGGAAACCCACCUUACACAACCGCAAUUGACGAUCCCGGCUCCUCAUAUUCUCCUUUCCUACCACCAGUACUUGAAGAGCCUUCUUCUUCAUUUUCUGAGGCUGCAGAUGAUGAUCCAUUACCAGCAGUAGAGAACCUUCAAAUAUCAGGUGAAGCUUUUCCAGGGCGGGAACUCCAGGCAAAUGGAUAUUCUAUUAAUGGAACAACAAGUUGUAACUUUGAGUGGGUACGGCACUUGGAAGAUGGAUCUGUUAAUUACAUCGAUGGAGCAAAGCAACCAAACUAUCUUGUCACAGCCGAUGAUGUUGAUACAUACCUGGCUAUUGAAGUGCAGCCUCUGGAUAACAGGAAGCGCAAGGGAGAGCUUGUAAAGGUUUUUGCCAAUGAGCAUAAAAAGAUCAGUUGUGAUUCUGAAAUGCAAAACCACAUAGAGAAGACUUUUUAUGGUGGUCAAGCUUCAUAUAAAGUAUUCCUGUCGACUAGGUUUCUUGAUAUAUGGGAACCGGCUUCAUUGGCAAUUAAGAAGGAAGGUUACAGUAUCAAGUGUGCUGGACCAAAUGGCGUUGUAGUCACUGAAAAGUUUUCACCAACCACUAGUGUUGCAAUUCAAUUUGGAAAUCCUACAGAAUUUUCGAUAACUGGUUCUGGAGGUGCUGAGCAUCUCUUACGAGCAGAUAACAACUUGAUUGACUUUAGCUGUUCUAGAGAUACGAUUGUGCUCACCUUGAGAUUAUUCAUCCAAAGGUCUCUUGAAAGGAGGAAAGGAAAGAAGAGGGGUAUAUUCUUUACCAAGUAAGGUCCAUUAUGUUCUAUAGCAAAAUCCAACUUCGAAAGAGGACCUGCUUUUGUGGCUGUCCAUUUACACAGUUGUGGAUCAGGGUUGCCGAGUACGUUUCCAGGGUGGCUUUGUGUGGUAUUUUCAGUAUUUGUUACAGGGAGGAAUGAGCUUGAGUUGAAAUUUGUAAUUGUAUGCAACGAUCGAUGCUUUAUUUUUUGCCCUC